AUGGCAGGAGAAAAUCAUACUGUAGUGACAGAUUUUCUCCUCUCAGGGCUCACAGCAAAUCCCAACAUGGUGAUGGGUUGCUUCCUUUUUUUCCUGGUGAUAUAUCUGAUCACCUGUGUAGGGAACCUUGGGAUGAUCAUCUUGAUCAGAAUUGACUCUCGCCUCCACACCCCCAUGUACUAUUUCCUCAGCAACUUGGCUUUCGUGGACUUCUGCUAUUCCUCAACCAUAACUCCUAAAACCCUGGUGGAUUUUUUCUCUGUGAAGAAAGCCAUUUCGUUUGGCGGUUGCAUUGCGCAGUUGUUUACCUUUGUCCUUACUGCAAGUGCAGAGUGCCUUCUGCUGGCUGUCAUGGCCUAUGACCGAUAUGUGGCAAUUUGUAACCCACUACUCUAUACAAGGAUCAUAACAAAGGAAAUCUGUGGCCAGCUGGUGGGCAUCUGCUAUCUGAUAGGCUUCAUCCAUGCCCUUGCACAAACCAUCUCUACCUUUAGACUUUCUUUCUGUGGCUCCAAUAUCAUUGAUCAUUAUUUCUGUGAUAUUCCUCCACUGAUCAUGCUCUCCUGCACUGACACGUACAGCAACGAGAUUGUGCUGUACACUUUUGGCACCUUUCAUGGCAUCUGCACCACAAUAGAGAUCCUCAUCUCCUAUGUCUACAUCAUCUCCACCAUCCUACGGAUCCGCUCAUCAGAAGGCAGGCGCAAAGCUUUCUCCACAUGCGCCUCCCACUUGACAGCUGUCUUGGUUUUCUACGGAACCACCGUAUUCAUGUACGUCCGGCCCAUUUCAAGCUAUUCACUGGGCCGAGACAAAGUGAUCUCGGUGUUCUACACAGUGGUGAUCCCUAUGCUAAAUCCACUGAUCUAUAGCCUGAGGAACAAGGAAGUGAAGGAUGCACUGAAGAGAGUCUUAGGCCGGAUAAGGGUUUCUUGUAAAGUGUAA